CCCCGGCGUGGUUGUCUGUCCCCGCCGCUUGUGCUGCUCUCUCCUGCGGGCCUUUACCGCUCUGUGUACGGGAGGCGCGGAUUGCUGGCUUCGCAGCCGACAUGUUUUCCCGUUCCCGCUGCCUCACUCGCACCUUCGGCCGCUCCAUUUCCGCCCUCCGGCAGGGUAACAAUGUCCUAGCAAGACGAGCUGCCUCUGGGAUAACAUCAUCUCAGUGUAUCACUUUCAAGAACAGUUUGAAGUGUGAGGCCCGGCCAAGCAUCUUCCAAAUCAGAUACUUCAGGACCACUGCGACCCACAGGAAUGAAGUUAUUACAGUCAACACACCUGCUUUUGCAGAGUCUGUCACAGAGGGGGAUGUGAGGUGGGAGAAAGCUGUUGGGGACACGGUCACAGAGGAUGAGGUUGUUUGUGAAAUUGAGACUGAUAAGACAUCAGUGCAGGUGCCCUCUCCUGCUGCUGGAGUGAUUGAGGAACUUCUAGUUCCUGAUGGAGGCAAAGUAGAAGGAGGCACUCCCCUAUUCAAACUAAGAAAAGGAGCUGCUGCUGCUAAAGUGACCCCUGCACCAGCUCCAGCAGCAGAAGCACCUGCGGCUGCAGCUCCUCCCCCUCCACCUCCUACCCCUGCUCCUGCUGCAGCUGGGCCUAUCCCAACCACCAUGCCCCCGGUGCCACCAGUGCCAGCACAGCCUAUUGCUUCUAAACCAGUUUCAGCCAUCAAACCCACGGCAGCUCCUGCUGCCACACCCACAGACACUAGUGUCAAGGGGGCCAGGUCAGAGCAUAGGGUUAAGAUGAAUCGUAUGAGGUUGAGGAUUGCUCAAAGGCUAAAGGAAGCGCAGAACACCUGUGCCAUGCUGACAACUUUCAAUGAAGUGGACAUGAGCAAUAUCACAGAGAUGAGGAAAGUGUACAAGGAUGCGUUCCUGAAGAAGCAUGGAAUCAAACUGGGCUUCAUGUCUGCCUUUGUGAAAGCUGCUGCCUAUGCUUUGGUAGAUCAGCCAGCAGUAAAUGCCGUCAUUGACGACACAACCAAAGAGAUUGUUUACCGGGAUUACGUGGACAUCAGUGUGGCAGUAGCAACACCAAAGGGACUAGUGGUACCAGUAGUUAGAGGAGUGGAAGGAAUGAACUUUGCUGACAUUGAAAAAGCCAUACAUGAGCUUGGAGAAAAGGCUCGUAAGAAUGAGCUGGCUGUGGAGGACAUGGAUGGUGGCACGUUCACUAUUAGUAAUGGAGGAGUGUUUGGUUCCAUGUUUGGCACACCCAUCAUUAACCCACCACAGUCUGCCAUUCUGGGCAUGCAUGGCAUCUUUGACAGGCCAGUUGCUGUUGGAGGAAAGGUUGAGAUCAGGCCCAUGAUGUAUGUGGCUCUGACAUACGACCAUCGUUUGAUUGAUGGCAGAGAGGCAGUCACCUUCCUUCGCAAAAUCAAGUCUGUGGUUGAGGACCCUAGGGUACUCCUCCUAGACAUGUGAGGUGUAAUUUUAAAGAAACGCACAUGAAUGGCUGACUUCUUCAGAAUACAAAAUGAGUCCCCAUCUCACACAGAGUGGUCAUUAUCUGCCCUGAUGCUCUUUACUGCAAAUUAUUUACUACAUUGGUUAAAUAGGGACAGAACACUCUACUGUUUGAAUGGUUCAUUCACUUCAAAGUAAGAGAAGGAAACUACAGCUGAAAAUAGCAUGGGCUAGAAUGGAGAAAGGGUAUUAAUGUACAACAUUUCUCAGCUGGGAUUUUUUUUCUUAGGAAGGCUGUCAUGCAGUUCAUAAGUACAUUGCCAUUUUUUUACUUAAUUUGAUCUAUAACAGUUGUAACACCUAUACAACUGUUUAAUUGUAUACGUGUUACACUUAUUACACAUUUAGUUAAUUUGCACAAAAUAUCUGUCCGGUUGUCCGUUUUCUGAAUGGCAAAGCACACAGUAGUAUACAGUAUAUUGUAUGUUUCAUAUUCUCUGUGUAAAGAGUAUUUGAAGAAGUUGUAAUCCAUCAAAUGAACGGCAAACCAGAAACACUAUGUUCCAUUAUGUUCGAGAUCUCAAGGUGGGUCUUUUUUGUACACAGAAUGGUACAUACAUAAAACUUGUAGUAUGUCCCUCAAGCAGUUUGGCAUCCAAUUCAUAGGGAGCAGAUUCUGUCUAUGCUGUGUAAAGAAACCUAAAUAUUUAAGGAGGAAAUAAACUUUUAAACAACAAAUUGAA